UGACGAAGUCACAUGACUUCCUGAGACCGCGUGAUUCAGAACCAUAACAAUGAUCAACGUGCAAAUGUAACGCUGCAAUAAGCGUUUAAGUCAGUCUUAAAUCAUUGAAGUGCAGAUAUUUUAACAAAUGUCACCAUGAUCGUUUUGACUUUUGUCCUUUUACUCGUCACUUUCCCGUGCGGAGCUCGCUACACUGCAGACUGGACGAGUCUGGACGCCCGUCCUCUGCCCUCCUGGUAUGGUGAGGCAAAAGUGGGCAUCUUCAUCCACUGGGGAGUUUUUUCCGUACCUGGUUUUGACAGCGAGUGGUUCUGGUGGCACUGGCAAGGUCAAACACCUCCUGAUCCCAAAUGUGUUGCUUAUAUGGACAACAACUACCCGCCUGGGUUCAGCUAUCCGGAAUUUGCACCCGAGUUUAAUGCACAGUUUUUUAAGCCGGAAGAGUGGGCGGAUAUAUUCAAUGCUUCUGGAGCAAAAUAUGUGGUCCUGACAGCCAAACAUCAUGAAGGUUUUACCAACUGGGAAUCUCCCAACUCUUGGAACUGGAAUUCUGUCGAUACCGGUCCGCACAGAGACCUCGUCGGAGACUUGGGGGAGGCUGUGCGGAACCGGUCGCUGCACUUUGGACUCUACAAUUCCCUUUACGAAUGGUUCAACCCUCUUUACCUGAAGGACAAGCAGAAUGGAUUCCAAACUCAGGAAUUUGUGCUUCACAAAUUAUUACCCGAGUUGUAUAAUAUGGUUGUGAGGUACAGACCUGAGGUGAUCUGGUCUGAUGGAGACUGGGAAGCACCAGACACAUAUUGGAAUUCCACGCAGUUCCUUGCCUGGCUCUACAAUGAUAGCCCUGUUAAAGAUACAGUGGUGACCAAUGACAGAUGGGGAGCCGGCUGUGCAUGUAAACAUGGAGGUUACUACAACUGUGAAGACAAAUAUACACCAGGUCAGCUGCCCUCGCAUAAGUGGGAGAAAUGCACGUCUGUGGACAAGUUAUCUUGGGGUUACCGUAGGAACAUGAAGAUGAGUGACCUGAUGGACCUGCCUACCAUCAUAGAGGAUUUGGUUCACACUGUGGCGCUGGGGGGUAACUACCUCCUAAAUGUGGGCCCCACUCCUGACGGAAUGAUCCCAGUUGUGUUUGAGGAGCGGCUGAGGGGAGUCGGGGCUUGGCUUGAAGUCAAUGGGGAGGCUGUCUACUCCUCGGAACCUUGGAGGGUUCAGAUGGAAAACAGCUCCGUGCCAGUAUGGUAUACAUCCAAAGGGGACAGCAUUUAUGCCAUCUUGACGAGAAAGCCCCCCAAGCCCACUGUGCAGCUUUUGGAACCCAAAACAUCAGCCAACACCAAGGUGACGUUGUUGGGGAACCCGGUGCCUUUAUCUUGGUCACCUAUCAAACCAAAUGCCGGCCUUACGAUUGUUUUACCUGAACUCUGCGACACGGCAGGAAAAGCCUGGACCCUCAAACUUGAUGGUGUCAAGUGAACGUUCAACAUUGCAAGGAGCUGCCGGACCAGGAGAGACCCUCUUCCGCCCCUCCACAAUCCAUCAGCCUCCCAGCAGUGUUCUCCUUGUCAUCAUAGCAUCGAGAAGUUUAUGGAUGUGUAUGUUUUGUUUCUGACACGGGUGUUUUAUUCAAGCACUUGACUCAUGAUCACCAAUAAAGCAAAGUAACAAACGA